AUGCUCCUGAACGCCACCUUCAUCUCUCUGUCGGUGGACUUCAGCUCCCCGGAGCACUUCCUCAUCUUCACCUUCCACCUCCUGUUCGCCACCAGCGCCGUGCUCGUGGCCGGCUCCGUGCUCGUGGGGAUCUCCUGCACCCGGUCCCUGCGCGUGCAGAACCGCUUCAUCUUCAUGCUCAACACGAGCAUCAGCGACACCCUCACGGGCCUGUCCGUCUUCUACCUGGGCCUGUUCGACGUGCAGGAGGGCUACCCGUCCAGGAACGGGACCUUCUACAUCCUGCCGUCCUUCCUGGGGGUCAACGUGCUCACCUUCCUCUUUGCUCAGUUUGACCGCUACCUGGCAGUCUGCCACCCGUUCUUCUACAGCCGCCACGUCACGCGGCUCGCGGUUAUUGGCGUUUGCGCGUACUCGUGGCUCUACACCUACUUCAUCGUCAUUGUGCAGAACUGCGUGCCCAUCUCCAAGGCGGCUCAGUUCCAGGCGUUUUCCGUCCUCAUCCUGCAGAUCAUAGUUCUCAUUAAAAUCGUCAUGACGGUGAAAUUGUACGUCAUAGCCAGGGGCCAACUGGGGCGAGAGGCCCCCGGCGCGGACAGGGACGGAAAGAAGGAGUCGCUGCGCAUCAUCGUGUUCGUGGUCAUCUGCUACUUGGUUCUGUGGGGUCCUUCCUUUGUUAACAUCAUUGUCAGGCAGUUGGCCGGACCCGGCAAGGGUCUGAGGUUUAGGAACGAAGCCACGAACCUGUUCGCCAUCAUGGCGCGCCUGAACGCGCUGGUCACUCCAGCUGUGUACAUCUGGGGCAGCCCGGCGCUGCGGCGCGCGGUGUGGAGGACGGUGUGGAGGAGGGACCGACGGGCCUGCUGA